UUCGUGUCGUCUCUCUACCUUAAGAAAAGGAAGAUCACUCGCACAAAUAGUCUGUUCUUGUGUCCAGCAGUUGUUGCCCCUGUAGAGGGCUAGAACGAGGGAGUGUGGAAAGUGUCGGAGUUAGCAAUGAGAGGGGAGCUAAGCUUCAGUACGCGGACAGCCAAAUGAGGGAGAUGGAAUAGUUCACUUUGGCCAGACUACUCUGUGCACAAUAACUGUUCUGUGACCAAAGACAUUUCUAGAGAGGCCAGGAUUCCGGAAGUUUCACGUGCAGUUUAGACACAGCUGUUGAGAGGGAUUGUUUUAAGACACAACUGUUGAGACGGAUUGUUUGAAGACACAACUAGUGAGACAGGUUGUUUAAAGACACAUCUGGUGAGACAGAUUGUUGAAAGACACACUUGAGAAGAGCUCCUCACUCUCUAUCGUUGAGAUGUUAUCUGGUCAGCUCUCGGUUUCAAGGACGAACUCCAGAGGCAGCAAAGAAGGACAUGAACUUCUCAGACCAUGAAACUGUUGACAGUCUACAAACUGACCGUCCUGUCCUUUGUCUUGGGCGGCGUGUCGGUGACUCUGUUCGCCCUGGCCGUCUCCACGGACGCCUGGCUGACCACACGGGAAAAGUUCUCGGCCAGCAUGAUGGAAGAGAACCAGCCUCACGAUAUGACCUACUGGAUCCUUGUCUGGACUGGACUUUGGCGUUUCUGUAUGAUGACAGAGUCUCAGCCAGACUCAGUCUCGUGCAUGGCUGUUAGCUACGAGGUUCAGGGAACCGGAAGAGGAGAAAAUAACGCUUUGACAUCCUUCACUAUCAUUGCGGUGGCUCGCAAGUCUGUGGUGCUGCCAGUGUCCUCUUUGAUCCUGUCUGUAGUAGCUGUCACCUUCACAGUAGUUGGCAACAUCCGGAAAGAUGCCAAGACUCUGGUUGGGGGAGUGUUUUUUAUCUUGUCAGGUUUAUCUCUGGCAGUUGGUAUGAUACUGUAUAUUUCUGCCAUCAAUGAUGAAGUAGGAUACAGAGUGUCUACCAGUAAAAACGAAGGUGAAUUUAGCUAUGCCUACGGCUGGUCAUUCUUCACGGCCGGUUUCGGCUUCCUGGCCUCAGAGAUGGCCGCCGUGGUCACCGUGACACUGUUCAUGAAACGGAACGCAAAGUUCGAGGACAUGGCCAGAAUCAUCCCAGGUCUGGAAGACAAAGUGCUCCCCGACAAGCCCCACCACGAGUACGCCUUUAGUGCAGUUCCAAUGGACGACCAACAGUUUCUCUGUCACUCGGAGCAGAGGCGCGGAAAGUUUGCGCUCUGUGGUGGGAUGCGCAACUUGAGCGUGACAGCUUAAAGAGGAUUCUUGAAUCCAACUUGUAUCGCCUCUGUAUCUCAGCCAGCUUUGAAGCAAUUUUCUUCCUAUCUCCAAGAGUUGAUCAAGGGAGGAGACUUUAAGCCUCACGAAAAAUGCUGACGCUACCAUGAAAAAAUGAUCUCCCUUGAGAGGACGGACAUCAUUUAUGUCCGAUUGUUUGCGUCUAAGCGUUCCCUGUAUUCUGUAAGGGAACGUCACUUGACAUGAAUCUAUGUGUUCUAUCUUUCAAUAUACAUUUGUUCCAUUUCCCAAGUGCUUACGACUUUACGUAAUAAACUAUAUCAGUUGUACAAAACAACAUCUAAAGUGACACAUCCAGCAGCGUAUAUUGGCUUAUUACCCAGUAUGGUUUUCAGUUUCUUGUUUCUUAUACUAACUUGGUUCUAUAAGUGUGCAUACUAUAAUGCGUCUAUGUUUGUGGGAGCGCGCGUGUGUGUGUGUGAUACGAAGGGCUUUUCAUAAAAAUCGUCAACAAGCAAUUUUUGUUGUUGUCUAUUUUUCGACUAAAAACUAAAGAUACAUCAAAGGGGACAGACAGAAGUGAUCAUAUACAGAAGAGACUUGGGAUCAAAAGUGACUGGCGCUCCCUUGUGGGGAGAGAGUUAAUGUAGAUUCAGGAAACACAAGCUCCCCACUACUGAACCCCGCCGCCUUCUCAUCCUCGCGACUUUUUGGCUAAAAGCUUCUGCGAUCAGGGCCUGCGAUGACCUAGGGAGAUAAUCGAGGAAAUAAUAAAUGGGGAUAGAGUUGUCGUCCCUUGGGUGGAGCGGGCCAAAAGCUGUAGAUGAUAAUGGGAGUCAGCGGUAGUUUUAAGUAAAGAAACUUGUAGACAGCGUAAUGUAGAUGUGAUCCUAUAUUUGUGUGGUGCACCUUGUUGUAUAUUAAAAAGCAAGUAUGUAAAAAGAUAUUGGUAUAAGUCUUAUAAUAUUAGGACACAUUUAAAAAAUAAUGGUAUAAGAUUUGAAGCAUUAAGACACAUUCCAUUGAUAAUUUCAUAAGACCUGAAGUAUUAGGACACAUUCCAAGGAUAAAGGUUUAAGACUUACAUUAAAUUAUUAGGACACAUUCCAAAGCUAAUGGUAUAAGACUUGAAGCAUUAGGACACACAAUCAAUGUGUUAUGUAUUUUGUUUUGUGUUUGGAAGUAACCACUGUAAAACAAACAAACCGCGAACUGAAACUUUAUGGCCAUAGCACAAUGUCUUCAGGGCUCGCAAAAGACCUUCCUUCAGGGAACAGUACCAAAAAAAAAAAAAAGAAGAAGCGACUGAAAGAUAAAGCAAUGGGAAGACAACAUAACAAAAAUGGACUAUCAAAGGCAAAAAGCAGGAAUAUAGAAAGAUGUUUCAACAGAUCGUGUGGUACCCCACAGGUUCAACAGACUGAAGGAUAGGCAAAGUUUUGAAAGUCAAGAUAGCCCGCGAGUCGAAAGUUGGGCAUCACUGAUUUACAUGCUCUAGGUUUGGGUGUUUGCUUCAAUAAGUUGUAUGUUGAUCUGCUAUAAUGGACUAUCAAAUUGAAUAUAAGAAAUUGCUAGAAAAUUAGAUUCUCUUACUUCAAAAGACAGGCCAUCCCACGGUCGAACGAAAUGACAAAAUAUAUUAUGUUUUCAAUGUGAGUAAGUAUGUAUGGGCUCAACAAGUCAUCACUUCACAUUCACAAUGAGCUCAAUCCUAAUGGACAUCUCUGAAAAGUCGAGUUAAUUUGGUUGUAAAGAUAUCAUGUCGCUUGGUUCGCUAAACAUAGGACAUAGUCAAGACACCGAACAUGUUUAUAAUAUUUUUUGUAUUUGGACAGAGUAAAUGGCGUUAAAAAUAGAAAUGGAUGUGCUAGGAAUGGGAUCUGCAGGGAUAUGUCACGUGACUAUACCGGACUGUAACGUUUACUUGUAACUUCCAAACAGUCAAAGAGCGAGGAACUCGUGGACAAACAUUGGAAGGAAUCAGUCAAUGGCAGACCUCUGAAACAAGAAAUGAGAUAAAAACCUUUAUUCUGUCGGGACUCACACUAGACUCAAACAUGUACUCACGUUCAUAGUUACUGAGUGAUUGUACCAAGCUUUAACUAGAGACUCCUCUCAUCAAUGUCUAUUGCCAAUAAAUUCACGCGCAGAAGUGAAAGCUCUUACUACGUUCGUGAGAAAAGAAAACCGUCAAUGUCCGUUGCACAUUUUCCCACUUGUUUCAUUCGUAUCAAAUGUUUUGGAAGAGAACGUUUUGUUUUUUUUACAAAGCAUAUAUCAACUCACUCUUGUUUGUCUGGUAAAAAGUUUGUACACGUUAUUUCUUCCACACCCAAUCUCGGAACAAGUUGAAAUUUCGCACAAUUAUUUCUUGUACCUGACAAAACAAGAAUCCAUUAAAAGGCUCAUAGCGCAGUGAGAAAGUGAUAGGCUCAUAGCGCAGUGAGAAAGUGAUAGGCUCAUAGCGCAGUGAGAAAGUGAUAGGCUCAUAGCGCAGUGAGAAAGUGAUAGGCUCAUAGCGCAGUGAGAAAGUGAUAGGCUCAUAGCGCAGUGAGAAAGUGAUAGGCUCAUAGCGCAGUGAGAAAGUGAUAGGCUCAUAGCGCACUGAGAAAGUGAUAGGCUCAUAGCGCAGUGAGAAAGUGAUAGGCUCAUAGCGCAGUGAGAAAGUGAUAGGCUCAUAGCGCAGUGAGAAAGUGAUAGGCUCAUAGCGCACUGAGAAAGUGAUAGGCUCAUAGCGCAGUGAGAAAGUGAUAGGCUCAUAGCGCAGUGAGAAAGUGAUAGGCUCAUAGCGCAGUGAGAAAGUGAUAGGAUCAUAGCGCAUAGCGCAGUGAGAAAGUGAUAGGCUCAUAGCGCAGUGAGAAAGUGAUAGGCUCAUAGCGCAGUGAGAAAGUGAUAGGCUCAUAGCGCAGUGAGAAAGUGAUAGGAUCAUAGCGCAUAGCGCAGUGAGAAAGUGAUAGGCUCAUAGCGCAGUGAGAAAGUGAUAGGCUCAUAGCGCAGUGAGAAAGUGAUAGGCUCAUAGCGCAGUGAGAAAGCUGAAAGCAUGACAUUACGCUAAACAAAAAGAGUUACUAAAACUAUUUCUAAUCGCACAAAUUUAUUAUUGUUAGUCUAGAAUAGUCUAGAUGUAUUAAAAAUGUAGUCACGACUGAUCCUAACUAUUUGAUGCUAUUAAAUUUAAUAUAAGCUAGUUUUUUAAAAAGUAUUUCUUUUAUGUUUUGUUACCAAUCUUCUAUCAACUUUGUCUGUGUCUGGUACAAACUUUGUACAUUUUAGUUCUCCCACUUCCCAGUCUCGGAUCACGUCGAAACUUUUCAAAAGUACUCACUGUCUCUUGCAAAACUUGAAUCAAUAUUUUCUUUACAUAUUAAUCAAUUUUAUUUGACUUAGAAAAGGGAAAUCUUACAAUAUUAAAUGUAAAUGUACAGUUCUUUCCCUUAAAUAUGCUUUGUUUUUCUAAAAAUAAAAGAAUUUUUUUUUAUAAAGGAUUUUUGUUUAAUUAACAAAUUUGUUCUGUUAUAAAGUUGUUCGAUUUUGUCAUCAGCAAUAACACAAAGCCAUGAAUGUGUGGAAUUGAAUAAUUCAAAAUGAUAGAGCCCUUCAUUGUCUGAACUAUGAGUUCUGGUUCAAAUCUCGCUUCAUUUUGUUUUAACUCACAUUUUACAAAGUCACUGUCAGGCGAUCCCUUUCAGAGUUAAGCUGUUGCAUGACUAUUCAUUGUGUACGCAGGCUAAAAGAUGUGAACGAAGCUUUUGUUUAACAUUAUUCAAAAGACUUGAUGUGUACAGUGAAUGCAAUAGUAUGGUGUGAUCAUGUGCAACUUCCAACACUUUGUCUUGGACUUUAUUGAGUUUUUUUUAGUAUCUUCAGAAUCCAAGAAUUGUGAGUAUAUGAAAUGUCAUGGUCUCAUAACUGUUUGUGGUACACAUUUUUUUACAUAAUAACAUUACAUCAACUAAGUUUCUAAGUAACUUGUUUGUUUUUUGUAUUACCAAAUAAACGAAACAAUAAAUGGAA